AUGUCUUUUUUCCUACUCAUUGGUGCUCUUCUGCUCCUGGGUUCCUGGGUUCAGACAGCCUUUGGUUUCAUCGAGUGUAGUGUACUCGACUACGGCGCUGUCGCUGAUAACACCACUGAUUUGGGACCUGCAUUGACAAAGGCCUGGCAGGAAUGCGUUAUACCCCAAGUCACAACCACAGUUGCUACCGAUGUGCUCCUCUACGUCCCUGCUGGAGAUUAUCUACUUGCAUCAACUGUAACAUUCGAUGACGCCAUGAACUGGAAUUUGCAUAUUGCUGGAGAUAUCUAUUUACCCUUCAAUCCUGACCUAACUGGCACAAUGCUUACUUUCGAGAAUUGCGAUAAUAUUCUUUUGAACGGACCUGGCGCAAUUUUUGGGAAUGGAUACCGCUAUCGCGAGGGUGGCGAUCUUUCACUUUUCCCUGAUCGGCCUCGUCUCAUCCGUUUCCAAACUUGCAACAAUGUAGAAAUCACUGAGAUUACUCUCUUUGAUGCACCCAUGUUCCAUGUUACGAUUAUUGGUAACAAGUCAGUAUCAGGAACUCUCAAACCUUAG